AUGGGAAUGAUGGCGCCUCUGUCCAGGCACUCUAUACCAGGGCGACCGUCAAGAUCUCAGUUGAAAUCAUCUUUGAAAUCGUCGCGCAGCGCCGUGGACUCCCAAGAGGGCCCUCCGUUAAAGAAGCGCAAGUACGUCCCCGGGGGACCAGGAGGUGGUGGAAGGUUUAUCGAGGUCGACAUCGCGCAGCAGGAGACGACGCCAAAGAAGAAAUCCAGCACACCACGGCACCAUUCCACAAGCGCGCGAGGCCGGCCGAUCGAGCAGCCAACCCUCGCCCCUCCACCACCGCCUCCCGUACCAACUACACCACCCUCCGUGACGCGCCCGAGGCGAGACAAGAGAGAGAAUCGGGGCCGCUUCACUUCAUCCACAGCCGCUGUGCUGGCUCUGCAACAAGGCGAUGGAUACAAGCCGCGAGAGGAGCGGGGUUGGGAGGAGUUCCACCCCGAUCUAGACAUCGAUGGCAAGCUUGCUGUGUUCACUUCUGAUGAGGUAGACACGGUUGAUCCCGCUGCCAAUACCUUGAGCCUAGAAUCGAUUUCGGGCGCCAGUGUCCAGGAAAAUUCUGGUACACCCGUUCUCUAUUCUGCCGAUAUGGCGUCUCCGAUACCUUUCAAGCGCAAACCUGGGCGCCCGCCGCGCCGCCCCGAGGCCAUUCUCAAUGCUUUGCUUGCACAACAAGGACCGAAGGUGAUACCUCCUCCGGGUCCAAACCCUCGUGAGAGGUUGACGCUGCCGAAACCGUCCUUCCGAUUGAAGGAUCCAUUCACCUUUUAUGAAAAGAAGGGCGUUGGCCAGCAGAACUACGUGGAUCGAACGAUGGCCAACGUAGGAUAUCAGGAGAGUGACUUGUUUCUUCGUCAUGAUAGGCGUUUCAUCCGCAUGACCGAGGGCGCGCAAGAAGACGACAUGGAUAUCAUUCAGCCCGCCGUGACAGAUGGCGAUGUCAAUGCAAUUACCGGGCGAGUGGAGUAUGACAUGGAUGAGCAGGACGAGAAAUGGCUGGAUGACUUGAAUUCCAAGCGCAGAGAUGAUCAGCUGGAGCCCAUCAAGCCUGCCAUAUUUGAGAUCACCAUGACCAAGAUCGAGAAGGAGUGGCAUGCACUGGAGAAGCGGAUUCCGAAGCCAAAUCCUAAGCCGCCGCAGACCCAUCGCCCACGCUCCAGCUCUGCCGCUGCGGUAAAUGGUGAAACUGCCGGGCCUGGCGAAGAGCAGGACAGUAAAUGUGCUAUCUGCGAUGAUGGCGACUGCGAAAACUCCAAUGCGAUCGUCUUCUGUGAUGGCUGUGACUUGGCCGUUCACCAAGAGUGCUAUGGCGUUCCCUUCAUUCCGGAGGGUCAGUGGCUAUGCCGCAAGUGUCAGCUUCUGGGCAGGGGAACCACCAACUGCAUCUUUUGUCCGAACACCGAGGGCGCUUUCAAGCAGACCACGUCGUCUAAAUGGGCUCAUCUCCUUUGCUCCAUUUGGAUCCCGGAGGUGUCUAUCGGGAACCCGUCUUUGAUGGAGCCGGUCACCGAUGUUGAGAAAGUGCCACGGAGCCGCUGGAAGUUGCUCUGCUAUAUCUGCAAGCAAAGGAUGGGUGCCUCGAUCCAAUGCAGCAACAAGAAUUGCUUUGUUGCAUUCCAUGUGUCAUGCGCCCGCCGGGCUCAGCUGUAUCUCAAGAUGAAAAUUGGCCAUGGGCUUAUGGACUCACAUCUCCUAAAGGCCUUUUGUGAUAAGCAUGUGCCUCCAGAUUGGCGAUUGGAGCACGGCACUGAUGCUGCCACUGCCGAUGCAAUUGAAUACUAUCGGAACACCAUGCAAGGUAGACGGUGGGGUGAUAGCCAGGCUGCGGCGUUGUCAUUGGGACCCUCACACGCUGAAGAUGGUGAAGAAGAGCGGACCCUCACCCCUCGCAUCACACUGACAGUCGGCGGAAACAAACGGAAACGUGGUCCGAAGACCAUCUGGAAACUGCCUUCUGGUGCCCCCGUUAUCCCUCAGGUUGUUUUGAACUCUGUUGUUGCAGCUCUUGGAAGGUUCACCGUCCGCGGCCGCAAGCAGUAUGCCGAGGAGGCGUGCAAGUACUGGACCCUGAAGCGAGAGGCGAGACGAGGUGCUGCACUCUUGAAGCGGCUGCAAUUGCAGCUUGAGACCUUCUCCUCCAUGGAGAUGACACGCAGAGACUACGUGGCAAUGGGUGUGACUGGUCACAAGCGCCUCCAGCGCCGCAUUGAAUUCGGCGAACGGCUCUUCAAGGACCUUGACCGACUGAGGAUGCUGUGCGAUGAAGUGAAGAAGCGCGAAAAGGAAAAGCUCAAGGAUGCGGAGACGCUUCGCAGCAUCGUUGACAUUGUCUAUUUCCCUAUUUUCCCAUUACUCUGGCCCAUCUUUGAGAAAGCGCAAGUUCUGGACAGUAAGGGUACAUUUACUGCUGGCAUGCUCUCAAUCCGGAAGCGGCUUGAAGAACGGUUCUAUCCAUCAGUUGCGUCAUUCUCUGCCGAUUUGGCAAGCCUAUUCACUUCGGAGAUUGGCGUCGCUCCUGCUGGGGAUACUGCGGCGCUGCAAGAGCAGAUUAGUGGACGUGCUCCCGAGCUCACUUUGGAGCAGCGUGAGAAGCGAAAGCUGGCCAAGAGAAUCAUCAAGGCUAUCCAGCCAGCUUUGGAGGAUGCGAUUCGGAAGGAGAGCGAGUUGAACCGCAAACCAUUCGAGAAAGAGCUUAAGGAGCUUGACGUGAUCCUCGACCACAGCGUGAUGUCCCGUCGAGAUUCUAUUGAAUUCGAAGGGGAGACCGAGCUUGAAGUUGGCGAGCCUGAUACCAGAUCCGAGCCCAUGGAAGGUGUUGAAUCUUCAGGGGAAACCACAGAGGCACCGGCGGGCUCUCAGCCGGCCGACGACACUAACGCCGGUGAGGAACUUACUCUCGAGGCUACUGGCGAAGAGGCCGCUCCUGCCAAUGAAAGCAAGCCUAAUAUCAAUGUAACCUAUCACCGCCACCCGACCCCAGUGUUGACCGAAGAGGACCAGCAGCUGCCGUUGGCACAGGGCGGCAUUCAAUGGUACAUGCAGCCCUUUGACCCCAUCGGCACAACUAUUCACGAGGAGCGCUGGACAGGACGAGAUGUUAUGCGUGGGAUGAGCGAGGAGCUGAGUGAAUUGGACGAGGACGAACUGAAGGAUCUGGUCGAUGAUGAAUUGGACCCGACUGCAAGGAAUGCACCAGCAAACGCAAGCAGAGCACAGAAGGAUGUCCGGCGGACACGUCGCGGGCGCUUCAAGUAA